AGGUUUUCCGCUUCGAGGUUUUACAUUGUGUUACUUUGAACUAAUGAGAGCUCUGUGUAUAAGAGUGAGAGUGUAUCGUUAAAGUAGGAUGGUGUCCACUGUAUUUAUUAAAAAACCAAACAUACAAUAUAUUUUAAAAACUAACAUGGAUUCAGUAAACAACGGAUUAGUUUGUAAACUUGUUUUAUUAUUGAUUUGCAUUUAUUAUACCUCUGCUGAAUCGAGCGAAAUUAAGGAUAUGAAAGAAUUGAUUUCGAAAACAGAUACAUCUAAAGAAAACCUUGAGUUAGUUACAAUUGCGCAGCCUAUCAGACAAGGCAAAGUUUACAGGCAGGAUUACAAUACUAGAGGAGACAACACUGAUUACCGAGAUCAUUAUGGUGAUGAUGCGGCCAUGAAUCAUGAUGACGAGGAUGAUCACAAUCAUAUGAAGGCAAUCAGUCAACCUAAGGUUGAUUAUUGGGCUGGCUAUUACGAUUUUUUAAUAAACGAAGGCAGCUACAAAUUUUGGGCCGUUUUUCAGCUCGCGACUGCGGCUUUGCUAAUUUACAGCGGUUUCGCAGCGCUCUACUAUGCCAAGGUGAAUCCACCUACCACGGAUGAUUAUUUUGACGAUAUAUUUCGCCGUCGACGACGACGAAGAAGACGUCGUUCGCUUCCGCACGUGCUCGCGACUCCUGACAGAUCUUUUGCUGGUCUUGAUGCCAUCACAUUUCAAAGGAUAAUUGAAGCUAUUGAAGCUAAACAAACACGUUGAUGACGUUAAUGUGACAAAAAAGGACUCAAUUUUGAUAAAACGAGUUUUUGUAAAAGCGAACUAGAGUGAGAAUGCAAAUUUGUGCGUGAGCAUAAAGUUGCACAAUCGACUAUUUGUACUUUACAAAAUCUUAACUAUUUUUAAUUAUCUAAAAAUUAGAGAAAACACAAUAUAGUUUUUAUUUAUGAAAUAUGCAGUUGAUUUUGAUAUUUACGAAACUAAUAGUUUUACGUAUAUAGUUAGAUAUAUAGUGUGUUUUGUAUUUGUGUGUGUAUACUACUUGUGCUUAUUAAUUAUAAUUUUAUGAUAGACAGGCUUAUAUUUUUGAUUUAAAAUGUAUCUAAGAAAUAUGAUAAGAUAUGCACAAUUAAACAGAAAAAUUAAAAAUUUGAAUAUUGAAUAAUAAUAAAAGUAAAGGCAUAAAAAAUGCUAUGUGAUUAAAGGUAAUCGAGUUUUGAUAAAUAAUCAAAGAUGAAUAAAUAAUUUUGACAAUUAAAAUAUCAUGCUCUCUUGAUUCCGGUCGAAGAACCGAUUUAAUUACGAUUGUGUUAGUGAUAAAUGUAUGAGCGAUGAUCAAAAUUUAAUAAAAAUUUCCAAAAAAGUUUUAAUUAUUAAAUCAAGCGGUAGAUCGAAUCAUCGUGCGAUAUGAUGCCAAUACUAAUGCCGAUGUCAUGCUCCUUUUUACGCACAUAUAGGGUGUCUGAUAAUUUUUUACACACCCGAAGUGUGAAGGUAGAUUCGAUCAAACUGAAAAGAAAAGUCCUGUACCAUUUUUUUCUAUAACGUUUAAUAAAAGAGUUAUUAUUGAGUAAAAUCUGGUCAAUCAUCGCCGAUCUUUAGCCAGGCGCCUGUCGGUAAGCUGCGCGGCUAGUAGUUGCGAGAGCACUCCACCGCUACGGUGGCGCAUCACUACCAGGCGCGGUUCUCUGAAGUGCGUCCAGUUAAAAGUCAGCGCUGAUUGACCAGAUUUUACUCAAUAAUAAUUCUUUUAUUAAACAUUAUAGAAAAAAAUAGUACAGAACUUUUCUUUCCAGUUUGACCAGUUCCAAUCUAUCUAUUAUUAUAUUUAUAAUAUACAUA